AUGGAUGAUGACAUUUUUUUAGGGUUGGAAACUAUUUAAUAAUUCGAUGAGAAAAUAAAGCAGUUCUCACAAUAACAUCAAUUCAGAAGACAAUUAUAAAGAUAUCCUGUAUAAAAGAUUUUAAAGAGAUCAAACAGUUUUGCUUAGAGCUAAGUUAGUACUGCAAUAAAUUCAUCUGCUCAUGCAAGCAGAAAAUAAACUAUAUCACAAUUAGAAAUUAAUCCUCCUAAACGCAGACAUUGUGAAAUCUAUAAUGAUGAAUUCUGCAUGAAUCUCUUCGCUGAAAAAGUAGAAUAUUUAUGUACUCAAUGUUUCGAUAAAAAUGAAGUAGUAAUCAAAGAAUUGAAUAGAGUUGCAUAAGAAUUAGGAAUAUCAUUACAUAGAAUAUAACAAUUUGAGACUGUUUAAGAAAGAGAAUAAUAUAUAUUGAGUUAGUUACAAAAUUAAGUACUCGAUUCACUUAAGUAAUGGAAAUAGAGAAUUGAUUAGAGAGAGAUACAGAGAAGAAAGAGCGAUAAUAUUACAAUUAUUACAAAUGGUUAAGAUAAAAUGUUGGAUAUUUUUGAUUGGAUUGAAAUUGAUACGAAGUUCAGAUAAUUGAAAAAAAGACUGAAAUUUGCAUUGGUUGAAAUGAUCAAUGAUAAAAACAAUUCUAGUAAAAUACAAUUCUAAUUGUCUAAUCGAACUGGUGAUACAAUCUAAGAUUUACUUUACAAGAAACCAGAUACUAGAUAAAUUAUUGAUGAAUUAACCAAUUUGUUAAAAACCAUUAAGAAUAAAAGAAAUGUUCCUAAUGGAUAAUUGAAUUCACCAAAAUCUGUUAGGAUUGAGAAAUGGAACUAAAGCAAAGAAGAACAAUUUUUAGCUAAAAGAUUGUCUGCAAAAUAGAGAUUAAGCAAAUUGAUCAAUAGUAGUUCUUGGAACAGUAUAGCUAUUGGUGAAUUUGUAAGCAAUCUAGAUAAGGGACAAUAGAAUAAAUAGAAACGAUAAGAGUUAGAAUCGAAAUUUGAAUCAUAUUAAUCAAUGAAUGAGGACGAUUUAUUGUAUCUCAUAAAUACUAGUGUAUUAUUAAAUCGAUGUUCUGAUAAAAAAUUCAUUCAAAGUGCAAUCAAUCAUUUAGAUCAAGAUAUUAUCAGUGAUAUUGAACUAUAGAUAGCAGAGAAUAUUUUGAAAAGUCACUUUGAUAUCUAAAAAUAAGUGAAUCAAACAAGACAUGAUUUUCUUAAAGAAAGAAAUGAAGUGUAAUUCAUUAAAAAUAGAUAAGCCAAAAAUAUACAAGAGUAAUAGCAAAAACAAAAUUCAAUCAAGAAGUUAUAAAUUAAGAUGUGCACUAUUUUGAGGGAAAUGAAGGACAAAACUAAAACUACUAUGAAAUAAGAUUCAGAAAAAUAUAAUUUAUAUUAUUAAGAAUACAAAUAAGGAAAUCCAAUAGCAAAUCCAUAUGUCUGGAAAUUCAAGGAAAUUAUGAUGAAUGUCAUUAAACGAAAGAAAAAUGAAAGAAGAGAUUAAAAACUAGGAGUUAAAAGUGAAGUCCAUAAACCUAUCUUCCCAUCCAAAGAAGAACCUUUAACAUUGAUGAAUGUCAUCAGAAAAACUCAUCCGUCAUCCAAAUUACGUUUAACUCCAUAGUAACAAUUGGAGUAUUUCCCUACUCCAGCCAAGGUCUUUAGUGAAUAUAAAUUGAAAGUCUAGAAAAAGGAAUUCGAGAAAAACUAAUCUAAUUUUCUGAACUUCUAUACUGGAGGACCCAAGAAACCUAGAAAGUAUGCGAGUCCUUAAUUGUAAGGAAUUGAAGGAGGUGAAGUUAAAUCAGAUUGGAUUACUCCAGAAAUUGAAUUAAUUGCUAUUAAUAAAAUUAAGAGAGCAUUAAAAGCUUAUGUAUCCAGAAAGAGAUACAUUCGAGAAAGAGAAAGGAAACGAUAGAAGGAAUAUUAAGAGAAGGACAAAAAUCCUAAGUUCUUCAGAAUUCUUAAUAGAAUGAAAUCUAAAAAUUAUAAUGGACUUGAUAUAGAGGAAUGCUAUAAGAGUCUUAAAUAAGCCAUAGCUUAAAGUGCUGGCAAUUCCAAAUAAUAAUAUUAAAAAGGAGUCUAAAUGGAUUAUUCAAAAGUCAAAGUGCCUCAUUCAAUGAUUUAAUUGAAAUUAAAAUAGAGAAAGCUCUUUUUGGCUUUGAAAGUAGGCAAUACCAAUUGGGCAGAGUAUUCAGGCUUUUAAUUUGAACCCCAAGAUGUUAAUUGUUAUGAUACAAACAUGUUUUGUCCUCUCUAUCAUGCAGCUCAAUUAUAGAGUAUAACUUUUUGUAACUUCCUCAUCAAUGCAGGAGCCGAUGUCAACAUGCCUUGCUAAGGAGGCCUUACUCCUACCUUUGCUGCAUUCAUCACGAAUAAUAUUGUGUUAAUCAAUCUCUUCAUAUCAAAUGGAGCUGACAUUGAUAUCCUCAAUGAUGAAGGCAAGAAUCCUCUCUGUUAUUGUUCAAUCUCAAUAUUGAAGGAACUCAAUUUAUAAUACAAUCCUGUUAAUAGCAAGUCGUAAACACAUAGAUAGAAAAGCAGGAGAACUUAAUCGAAUUUGGAAUAGAAUUAUUCACCAUAUGCUGAAAUGAAAAUGGAACCCAUGUUGAAUGUCAAUGAUGAAAUCAAAUGGUAACAAGAUUAAAUAACGUCAUUGAGAGCAUUCUAUACCAAGAAGGAGAGAGAUAACUUUUUCUAUCUAAAAUAAAAAGCAUAAUCGUAAAAAGAAUCAGAGAAUAAUAAAGACAAUUAGGAAUAAAAAUGA